AUGCAUUCCCUCACCACAUCUUUCAUCUCCCUCUCCCUGCUCUCAGGAGCAGUGCAAGCUCAGAGUGUCGCCCGGGUCUGGACACAUUUCUACCCCAACUGCCCCGGCGACGCUUUCUCCAAGCUGGACACAUAUGAGAACUAUGAAGAAACAGCACCGUCCAAGGACAUCACAGUCGGCAGCUGCGAAAGCAUCCCAGUCCCCUCCUACGAGCACAGCAUCGUCAGCGCCAUCUCCAUCGAUGGCGAACUCCUCUCCCACAACCACGACCUCCCAUUCCUAGAAGGUGGCAGCGGCUGCAACAUCACCGUCCACGAAGUCCCGGAAUGUAUCGAUCCACCCCUGAUCACCAAGGAGAUCCGCGAUGGAGUUGCAGUCACGCACUGUGAACAACGCCAAUUCGCAGCAUACAGCCAAGUGUGGGUAAACCUAGUCUGCGACACGGAUAUCAACGGCAUCGCAAAUGGCGAGGUCGACCCCAAGGCCAGGACACAAGACAAGCAAGCCAACACAGAGCACACAAAUGAGCCCGAGCAACCCAUUCGCGCCGAGAAGCAAACUUCCGUUGAGGACAUCAACAACAUCCAAACACCAGGGUCGAACUCGGAUUCGUGGCAUUUGUCGCAGAUCACGCACAACCAGCGCGAGCCUGAGCAGGAGGGCCGUGUUAACAAUGCCGGUCAUGCUGAGAGUCAGCAGAUUGUUCAUAAGAUGAUGGAGUUGUUGAAGAACAAGGCUUCUGUCCUUAUUGAUGGAAAGCACAAUGGUACUCACCAUAAUGGCACUCAUCACUUGAAUGUCACCAUGCAUCACAACGGUACUGUUGCUGGCAACCGUACUGUUAUCUCGCGUCGUCAUCCUUCUGUCUUGCGCAGCCGCAUGGCUCGGUUCGUUUGA